ACGCGCGGGGGCAUUCGGUGGAUGUUUCAAUAUCGUACAGCCGGCACAGGCUUGGAUAUCGGAGCGGGUGCGCGCUGUAAGCUUCGAAAAGGCGAAAUAUUGCGUACGCCCGUUUUCAGCGCAUUCGACGUGGAAGAUGCGAAAGCUCACCGAUUCGGAGAUAAUGCAGAUCCAGGACGGUAUGGCCGUCAUGUCUCCGCUUGUCGGUGACUAUUCGGGUGACCGGCACCAGCUGUACAAGCUUGUCACGCUGUCGCUGGCUUCGGCGGGCUCCUUCGUGCUGCUGCUGGUCAUCUUCCCGCUGCUGGUGCGUACCACAGGUCACCGGUCGGAAGAGUCCUGGUACGCGCCCGCUGACGCCGGUGACACGAACUCCUCGUUCGGCAAUGGGCUGCGUCGCUCACUCGACUACGCGGCCGCCAAGCCCUGCGACGACUUUUACGCGUUCGUAUGCGGCCAUUGGCCCCGUGCGUUCCCGAGGCUGGCGCACCAGUUCCACCUGCUCGACAACCGCGUCAGGGUGGCGGCGCUGAGGCGCGUCGCGGCGCUCGCUUGGGGCGCCGUCAACAUGACGGUGACCGAGAAGGUGGGCCGCGCUCUGGUCACCUGCCUGGGCGAGCACGAGUCCGAGCACGACCACAGCAACGUGGUGGCACAGCUGCUGCACUCGCUGGGCAUCGACUGGCCUUCGCUGAGGCUGGUUGCCGACCGGACGCGCACCUUCAACUUCCUCCAGGUCUUCCUCACGCUGUCGCAGAACAUGGGUCUGCCCCUCUUCUUCCAGUUUCUUCCCGAGCUGGACCUUCGACGUCCCAACCGGACGGUGCUGACGCUGUCGCCGGGCUGGCUGCCGGCGUCACUGGCCGACAAACGGAGCGUCUCCAGUGCGUUGUUCCUCGCCGCUGUAUACGGCCGCGACGACCUGUCUCAGCGGCUCGAGCGCGUGUACCAGCGCGUGGCGCUGGCCGCGGCAGCCCUCCACCAGAGCUCGCAGCACCAGGCGCCUUUUUACACCACGGUGGAAGGCGUGGGCAGCUUCAGCAGGCACCUGCCGUCUGCCAAAGUUCUGCUGGCCAUGAUCAAUCUCAACUUCCGGAAAAAGAACCAGGUUACCCUGACGGAUGACGUCUACGUUACUGGCGGUGGUAAGUCGGCGUUCCGGUUGGCAGCCAUGUUUGCAGCCGAAGUGGCCUCCGAUGACGCCGAGGCUGCUGGAGCCUUCGUGAGCACGUUGCUUUUGCGACAUCUUGCCGUGCCUUCCUCCGCCAAGCUGUCUUCCAUGCUGCAGAUGUCGAAGUACAGGUGUUUCGAGCUGGUGCAAGACGUGGCUCCGCACGCUAUGUCUCUGUUUCUGGCAGAAGGCAUCGUUCCAAUGUCAAAUAUAGAUAUAGUUCAUUCCGUUAUUGGCAACAUACGCAAGGUGUUGGAAGCAAGUCUUGCUAUACUUCCAGAAGCAGAAAGAAAGAAUACUUCGGCGAAACUCCAUGGGAUUGAAGACGUUGUUCUGGUGCCCGAUGACUUGUACGACGAGGCUCUCCUCGAGCGGCACUACGCGUCGCUACCCGUCUUCCGGUCGCCCUUCGUGCGCUCGUACCUGUCCGCGCUCAGGGGGCGUGCCGACCGGGCCAAGGCGUCGCUGCACCGUCGGGUAUCGACGGCGCGCCGCAUGUCACAUCGGCUGCCCAUGCUGGCAGCGAAACCACUGCUGCUUCCUUUCUACAGCCUGCUGUUCGUGCCCGUCGCGUCAAUGUUGCCACCAAUCGUGGUGCGCGAAUCACCGGAAGCGACAUACGCGGCCCUGGGUCACCUCGUGGCUCGCGAGCUCGUCUCCGCGUUGCAUCUAUCAGCUUCGGACGCGGAUCGCAAUGGCCUUUUAGUCAACCGGCGUUUCGCUGCGGCGGUAUCCUACACCAUCACUUGCCUCCACCGGUCGUCGUCGUCGUCGCCAUCUCAGACGCGCCGUCAAGUAGGAGCGCUAGCGUACCAAAGAAUUGAAGAGGUGUACGCGGACGUUGUGGGUCUGCAAGCGGCGAUGCGCGCGCUCCGCGCGGCGACUCCGAGCUACAGGCCGCUGAAGAAUGCAGCGGUGUUUCAGAACUGGACAAGUGCGCAGCUUUUCUACCUGAGCGCCUGUUUCAAGUGGUGCGCUUUCGAUACCAACGAGGUGGAAGGCACCGUGGGCUCGCACCGCGAGCGCUGCAAUCUGCCCGUCGCCGAGGAGCCCGGUUUCCUGGCGGCCUUCAACUGCAGCGCCAAUUCGAAGAUGGCUCGCCAGCGCAAGGGAUGCUUCCGGCACGCCCUGUAGACCGCCCUUUCUAAACCCCGACUGACCCAAGGUUCACUCAUUAUUAACCGUAAUAACGAGAAAUAAAUGCGCAGAUACAUGCCCACAGGUGCGUCGCAAAAUAUGAGUCCGUGCUGG